AUGACUGUAGAUAUGGGCGAGGUGACUAGCGGCGUUCCUAAUCCCUCUACAACUGCUGUGCCGAAUCCGACGCCUGAUUCGGUGAAUCCGGAUCUUGAUCCUGCUUCUGGAGAUCAAAAGCGUCCUGCUGAGGACCAGGCUGAGGCUUCUACCAAGCGUCCCAAGAAGAAGAAAUCUUCUGGGGUGUCUUUCGAGGAGGCACCUCGGUUUGCUGCUUGGGCGGACGCGCAAAAUCCGCCUCGUCUCUCAAACGUCGCCAUUCUUCAUGCUUGCAUGGAGAAUAUUAUGAUAAAAGAGGACAUUGAGUCCAUUGAUCGCGAACAUGGCGAUAAUUUGGCUGAGUUCGCCUGUCUCGGCGGUUUUUCGGUGGUCCAGUCCAUCGCUGUUUUGGAGCGCCGCCGAAGGGAUGCGGUGGAUCAAUUGAAGAAACUCCAGAGAGAUUCCGAAUCCUGGCUCUCCGAGAAACAAAAGAUGGAGGAGGAGGCUGGCGAGGCGACCGGUCUGAUCCAACAGCUGAGGUCCUCCGUAUCUACCAAGACUCGGGAGAUUUCCGCUUUAGAGGCUCGGGUUCGAACUUUGUCCGAGGAAGUCGAGUCUCUACAAUCUUCUUCAGGUGCUCUCGCUAAGGAGAGGGAUGAUCUGAAGAAAGAAGAGGGGCGUCUCCGCCGGCGAUUGGGUGACUCUGGGAGCUUUUAUUCCCAAGUCAUGACUCAAUACCGGUUGGCGAUCGGGGCAAAGCUGCGGGAGCAGAAUCCUGGCGUCGAUCUUUCUGGAGUCAAUCAGUUGGAUCCUGCUUCUUUAGCGAAGGAGGUGAAGGCGAAGCUUGACAAGCAGAAGCAAGACGCUUUGAAUAAGGCUUAG